GGUAGAGCAAGGGUUUUAGCUGAGAAGCAGCGAUCUUCUCCUGGUUCGGAGACACAGCCAUGGCAACCGUUUCGCGCUUGUUCGUGAUCCCAGCGGCGAGGCCCGUUCUCGCCAGAACCAUAUUCUUCAUGUCCUCUUUCUCAGCUCGCACGUUCGAACCGUGCGAGUCACCUUCCCCUGCGCGCUCCCAGGAAGAAUCGCGAAACGUGAGGGUUUGGGCAUGGUGGGACUUCAAGAACUGCCACGUGCCCCCGGAUUUCGACGCUUCCAAAGUCGCACCGGCAAUAAUGGAGGCAGUGAGAGCAAACGGAAUCAAAGGACCUCUCAGCAUCACCGCUUUCGGCGACGUUCAACAACUCCGCAGGGCUCAUCAGGAAGCACUCGCCUACACCGGCGUUCGCUUCAUCCACGUCUCUGACGAGGGAAGAAACAGUGCCGACAUUCUCGUUGAUCUAAUGUAUUGGGUUUCUCAGAACCCUCCGCCGGCGCACAUAUUUCUGAUAUCCGGCGAUAGAAACUUCGCUGGCACGUUACACCGCUUAAGAAUGAGUAAUUACAAUAUAUUGCUCGCUACGCCGGAGAAAACUCCCAGUGUUCUCCACAGUGCUGCCACGAUAGCCUGGAUGUGGGAUUCGUUGCUCAACGGAGAAAAUCUUACUGGAAAUGUCCUCAACCACCCUCCUGACGGGCCUCUUGGCUCUUGGUAUGGAAGCUACAAAGAGCCGGUGAGGGUGGCGGAUCUGGCGACGGAGGAACCGGUCACAGUUGCAGCUCUGCAGGCUACCUCGUUGCCCAAUGUGGAGGUCUGCCCUUCUAAGAGCACGGUUCCUAAGUCGGUUUUGGGUAAGAUUUGCAAUAUUUUGAGUUUGCAUCCCGAAGGAAUGGAGAUUGCUCAUCUUUGCGCUGAGUUGAUGAAAAUUGAUGCGUGUUUGGAUAAGAACUGGUAUGGACAUAAAAAGUUUUCCCGCUUUCUGUUAUCGUUGCCACAGGUAGAUCUUCGGUCUAUUAGUGAUGGUUCUCUUCGUGUACAUUUGGUUCCUGUGCAAUCCAUGGAACCAUGUAAAAGCUCUUUGGGAUCAACAGUUUCUGAUGCUACGAAUGAGGAGAAACGAUGUGCAGCGGCACCAAAAGUAAAUGGCGAGGGUAAAAGUAAGGUUAGGGAUGCUGACAAGAAAUUGUCAAAUGCUACGAAUGAGGAGAAACGAUGUGCAGCGGCAUCAAAGGUAAAUGGCGAGGCUAAAAGUAAGGUUAGGGAUGCUGACAGGAAAUUGGCAAAUGCUACGAAUGAGGAGAAACGAUGUGCAGCGGCAUCAAAGGUAAAUGACGAGGCUAAAAGUAAGGUUAGGGAUGCUGAUAGGAAAUUGUCAAAUGCUGAAAGGAGUAUGGGGGACUAUUUAAAAUCAGUACAACCGGGGCCUUCAAAAGGGAGACCUGUUGAGGAAAAUGAGUUGCGGAAGUCUGCUGUGGCUUGUGACAGGUUUGUGGAUGUGGCUAAUGCUCCACAGUCAGAAACUGAACUGCCACAUGAGGACAGCAAAGAUUCCAAAACUAAGAUGGAUACCCUAAAAAAGAGUUCUAAAAAAUUGUCUGAUAAUAACACUGGUAGGUCUAAAGUUGCUGGUAUGGAAAAACAUACUACUAAAGAUAAUCUCUCUGCUGGAAAUGAUCAAUCGAUGGUGGAAAACAAUGUUAUGGCUAAUUAUGAGUCUGGAAAUUUUGAAGCAAAGAAUGAAUGUGAGAAUCUAACUAGUAAGGAGGUUGACGAAGUUUUUCCAAGCCUAUCUACACCAAUUGAUUGCUCUGAGGCUGCCCAAAAGCCUGGCGGAAGCGCUGAAACUAAUAAAACAAGUCCAACACUGUUUCACUGGAUUAAACGGUGGUGGCCAUUUGGGAAAAACAAUGAAAAAUAUGAUGAUUUGACCGCUCAUCAAAAGGAGGGAGUUAGUCAUGUUGAGGAUUCCAAGUUAUCUGAAUUGGAGAAGACUGUUAGUCAAUCUGAAGAGGUCAAAUCAUCUGAACUGGAUCACACUUUAAGUCAAUCUGAAGAGCCCAAGCUACCAGAACUGAAUCAGAAUUCUGGUCAUUCAGGAAAGCCUGAGUUAAAAUAUAAUGAUUUGACGGCUCAUCAAAGGGAGGGAGUUAGUCAUGUUGAGGAUUCCAAGUUAUCUGAACUGGUGCAAACUGUUAGUCAAUCUGAAGAGGUCAAAUCAUCUGAACUGGAUCACACUGUAAGUCAAUCUGAAGAGCCCAAGCUACCAGAACUGAAUCAGAAUGUUGGUCAUUCCGGAAAGCCUGAGUUAUUUUCCAGUGCUUCCUUUUGGAAUGAUAUGGAAUCUUUUAUGUUUGCACCCAAAGGAUCACUUCUUUUCUCCCAGUCAAGAAGCAGGGAGGAUGUGGCGCAAAGGUUACAAGAUGGAGGACCCCUGCUUCUCAGAUCACUUCCCAAAAAAGAUAUCCUUCAAUUGGUUGAUAUGUUAAUAGCAGACAAAAAAUGGUUGGAGGAAAGGCCGUCCCAAGCAUUUCCUUUUAAGCUAACUCAGCCAGUUCAUAAGAAUUUAUCGGUGGACCAAUCCCGUAGUGGCAAUGGUUUGAGAUCGAUCUUUCUACGCAGAUCAUCACAAUCUCUAGAACAUGAUGUGGGGAAACACAAUCAGAGUGUUCCUCAUACACCAAUUUCUGCAGCGGCUGUUGAAACAAAACAUUUUGAGAGAUCUAGAAAUGAUAUAUUGGAUGACUGUCAGAAACUUGUUAAUGAGAUAUUAAGGGAACACCCAGAGGGAUAUAAUAUUGGUGCUUUCCGAAGACUAUUUGUUGAUAAGUAUGGCUAUCAUCUUGAUUUACAGAAGCUUGGUUAUCAAAAAUUGGUAGCCUUGCUACAGAUAAUGCCUGGGGUUAAAUUGGAGUCUACUUACAUUUAUCCUUCUGUUCCUGCUGUAUGUGAUUCUGAUUCGGAUACUUCUAUCCUCAAAAGUAAAGCAACAGCUGAUAAUCAUGCAGUCUCCAACUCAGAUAGCGAAUUAUCUGAGUCAACCCUGAAAGAUGAUGACAUGGAAUCUGAAUGGGAGGAGUUGGGUCCUGUUUCUAUAAAAAAUUUUGACAAGAGUGGUUUGGGUUAUGAACUUGUUGUAUCAGAUGACGAUACUUCUGCAUCUGAAGGAGACCACUCUUAUUUAACUCAAUCUGAAGAGCAGAGGAAAUCAAUUUGUAAUGAACGGGACAGUUCGUUUUGGCAAACUAUGGAUUUGUGGCACAGCUGCAAGGAAGGAGAGAAUGGUGUCAAGAAGUCAGACAAUGUUGACAGCUUGAGUGUUUCUGUGGCUCAUAUUUUAAAUUCAUCCCCUGACCCAGCCAUUGUUUUCCCUUCCAAAACAUCAAAUUGCAGAGAUAAACAAAGGUCUCACAAGAACUAUUCUUUCGUUGUUGAUCAAGUCUUACAUGACAAGGACAAGCUGAUUGGUGACUUCAAGAAAACUGAUGAGUCAAUGCAAAAACAGAGUAGUUCCUGCUGCAAGUAGAACCCGAGUCUUAGACUUCCAUAAUAAGAAAUUUGGGAUUCCUGGUCUAAGAUUACAGACAGAACGAGAUGGUGGUACUAUUCUUCACGCGAAGGAAUUACUAUUUUAGCUAGCCAGGCCCUGACAUUUCAAUUGAGUAAGAUUCAGAUGGUUGCUAGUUGCAACUCCAGAAAUUCUUCCCAUUUUUACAUUUACUAUAUUGCGACUCUUUACAAUUGGAACAGUUCAGUUUUAUCUCACUGGGAAUAGGAAAUUGUUGACUGCUGGAGCAUGUGAGUUUUGGUGUUUACGUGCUGUCUUGGCAGGUGAUAGUAGUACAGGAACAUUAGUAACACUCCUUCGAAUAAACAGGGCCAUCCCUUUUCUUUUCCUCCCCAUUUGGUUCUUGGCCCAUCGGCACUACCUCUGCUAUUUCACUAGCUAACGAUGACCCCGUUUCUAAUUAUCAUGUGUAACCACGGUUAGUCUUUUGUUUUUAACCUAAAAGAUUUUGAUAUAUGUGAAUUUUACAACUUUAACGUUGUAUAUUAGUUUUCUGGGAAUGUUUACUGUU